GUCGCGACCGCGCGAUGGUACGGACGUUUCUCGCGUGUCGCGAAGAAUCUCUCCGGAUGUCUCGCAUUCAGUCUCCCUUCCCUCAUCGUUGUCGUCAUUCACCGUCACGUAGAAUGACAGCGUGACAGCAUCGCGACGCUGAGGCGUUCUUUAUUUUUCUUUUAUUUCCCUCUUUUUUUUAUUUUUUUAUCGAUAUACUACCGAUUAUCGUUCAGUGCUAGAAGAGAAAGGAGAUCCCCCCCCCCCCCUCCCCUCCUCCUCUGCUGUUCUGUGCGACAUAGUGGCGAUCCGCGGAAAAUUGUCACUCGGGGCUGCAUCAACGCGCCCUUUCUCUUCUUCUCAUUCUCGGCUACGUCGCCUCGGACAUCAUUAUAUCAUGACAGACACGGCUCCAUCGAAGGCAUCGUAAUGCCGAAGGAAUCUUGUCCCGGGUUGCUAUUGACCCUGGUGUCGAUAUUCGUCGGACUGUGCGAGUCCAUCGCCGCCGGCGGCGCGACAUCCGGCGCCCAGCAGCCGCAGCCACAGCAUCCGGUCUGCAAGCCUGGCCUGGAGUUCUGGUCGGCCGAACGCGUCUCCUGCUGGCCGUGCACCCGAUGCGCCCCCGACUUUACCCUGAGCCAGUGCGCGGUAGACAAGGACGCGAUCUGCGGCUCGCUCGAGCUCGACUACGCGUCCGGGACGCCCAAAUGGCCGUCGGAGGCCGGCGAGGAGGCCUUCAUCGCCAAGUUCUGGCGGCUCCUCGAAACGAAAGAACGGGUUUCCUCAGUGGAAGCCGGUAAUCUCGACCAAGAUCGAGAUGACGACGAAGGCUCCGGCAACGAGAAGCCGGUCUACUCCAUCUCACGAGACUCCAAGACGACACAUGAUCCUCGGGAGAGGAGAAAAUCGGCUACCGAGGCCGAUCAAUUACCGUGGGAUUGGCAGACCGGCGCCUUGGUCCUCGCGGUAUGCGCCUGCAUAAUGUUCUUCCUAGUAGCGGGAUGCUCGGCUCUCGUCUACGCGAGGCAAUGGCGGCGAAUGAAGAGAAAUUUUGAACCAGCGGGUCUCGAAGAGAUCUCAGCCAGAUUGAACCUGAUGGUGAAGGCGGAGCUAGCCGAGCUGGUUGCAGGGGCGCCGAUGAAUCCAGGUGAUCCCGAAACCAGAUGUCAGUAUCUCGAGAAACUUUUAGACCGGAAACGGGAGACUCCGGUGGUGGCGACGGCAGCGGUGGCGACUGGCUGGCCGGAGGCGGCGGCCGGCAACUUGUACAUUGAGGAGGGGAGCACGAUGACGCCAACGAGGAGUAAGCGAUCGCGGAUCGCGCGGAUUCAGCGCAACAUCGAAACCAUUCUCAGUCACAAGACGAAUCAGGGCACCGAUUGACACAAUCGUCUAUUCAGCCUGACUGGGACUUGAGACUCUUUAGACUCGCUUGUGUGUACGUUGCGCUACGUUCUAUUAGCGCGAUUAUUACAAUUAAAUUCGCAUUAAAUGAGUAAACCGUAUAAGUUGAAAUUGACGACGGCAUGCGUAGAUUCCGUAAAUUCUCGAUAUAGGGGACGAAGGAUUAAUAUUUUUUAUACAUCUAUCGCGCUUUUGCUUUAAUAUAAACUCGUGAAAGAAUUUUCCAAAUGUUUUCACAUUGAGGUAAAAUCGGAAAAAAAUUAGAAAAUGUGUAUUUAAUAUAAUUCCUAUAGAUCUAUAUAUAUAUAUUAUUUGUAGUUUAUUCCAUAGAAAAAGAAUUGUCAAAAUCAGAAAUAAUUUCGUGGUAUGAGAUUUUGUCACUCGUCCUCAUAUACUUUUUUCUCUCUCGCAAAGGACAUAUAAUACACGAUAAAUCCGAAAGAACGAGAACAAUAGAAGUAUUUGAAUUGUACUGAAUUGUACGAAUAUUUUAUAAGAUAUUGUCAAGUGCAACAUAGCGUAAUUUAUUGUUACAAUCAGGCAACCGAAUAUUCCUAUUUUGUACCGGUUGCACCAAUGUUUAGUUAACUCGUGGUUAACUAAAUUUUUCAUCUCUAUAUAUGUAUGUUAUAUCUGGUAAUUAGACUCGGAAGUGAGGAAAAAAGUAUUAUUGAUUAAGAAUUGUUGAUUAUAAUUAUAGAUAAGCAGUAUCGAUUAAUUAAUUUUCGAAAUAUAUUCUGAUCUAUUUUUAGAUUAAAAAAAAUUUUUCGUCAAGUUCACUUUUUUGUCGUAACGGAUAUAUCAAAUUCAUUAAGAUAUUUUUAUUUAAUUCAAGCGCGAUCGAUUCAUUAUAAUUUAAUUUUUUCAGAAAUAAAUUUUUCCUUCCUCUCUCUAAUUUUAAUUAGUAAUAUAUUGUACAAUAUAUAUUGUUAAUGGUGCAACAAUCUGGACGUGCUUACAUCAUCCAGAGAAUGAUCAAUUAAGGAAGUCAACCUGAAAUAAUUAGUUAUCUAUCUCUCUAUAUAUAGGUAUAUCGUUGGUGCAAAAAGCCGGAAUUUUACUUUGUAUAAGAUAGUGCGACAAUUUGACGAAUAAAAGAGGAAUUUGUUCGCUGUUGCGUUCUAUUAGAUCUGAAACUCUUUUCUCUAUAUAUUUUUCUCUCUCCCUCCUUCGUUUUUUUCUGUUUCUGGCAAUUUAUCGUAAAAAGACGUUGCGGCCUCCUACCGUGUCCUGAAACUCGAGCGUAAUUCGAGUUACAAGCGACAUGUAGCCGGAGGACCCUAUUUAUUUUUUUAUCUUUUACUCUCUCUCUCUCUCUCUCUAAUAGUUUUAACACGACAAAUAUUGUAAUAUAAAGUGCUUCUGUAUCCAUACACGCAUGAUAACAGCAAUAAAAUAAGACUUUAAU